AUGGCCUCGCAUACCACCCCCAAUCUCUACUCGGCCCCCAAAAUCAGUAACCCGUCUGUCGAGGAGAUUCUCGAGUGCCUCAAGAGACCAAGCGGCACCCACGAAAUCAACAGGAUCUGUUACAUCAUUGUCGGCAAACCCGGUUGUGGCAAAACAACGCUGGCAAAGAAGUUGGCUGCAGCUCUCAACUCGGAGCUGAUUACCCCCGACAGGGUGCUCCAGCAGGUCGUUUCCGACCCCGAGCAUCCUUCGUAUGCAAAGGUCUCGAACGAGCUCCAGUCCGGCAAGACCAUCGAUGGCAUCGAGCUUAUGGACCUGAUGAAAGAUGCCAUCGCGAGCGAGCAGUCCAGGUUCAAAGGGUAUAUCCUUGAAGGACUCCCGUGCAACUUUGACCAGCCCGAGGAACAAAACUACGCAGAUAUUCGGUUUCUCGAGACCAUCAUCGAUCAAAAGGCCCCCAAUCAUAGCCACGUCCUCAUCAACCUCAGCAUAUCCGAUGAGAAUCUGCUCGAGCGCCGCAAGCUGCAGUGGGUUGACCCCAUCACAGGCACUAUCUAUCCGGGCGCUCAGGUCGACUACACCCGGAAGCGGCGCACCGAAGGUCUCGUACACGAGGACGAAGACAUCGAGAUCCUCAACCGGGCAAACAGUGUCGAGCGCGCCCUCAUCCACGGAGCCGAUAUCCAGGUGAAGGAGUCGGCCGAUGGCGAGGGCGAUGAAGAAAGUGAGGAGGAGGCCUCGGACGAAGGCAGCGACGACAGCAAUCCAGCUGCCAAUGCCAAGAAGAAAGAAAAGCCCGGCACUACUCUGGCGGUGCGUGGCAUCUGGGAAGUUUUACCAGCCGUGGUCACGGAUAGAUUGCUCAAGCUUCCCGGAGAUAGCCCCGAGAACAUCAAAAAGGAGUUGGAUAAUCACAAAAAGUACGACUCGCACCUGUUCAAAUACAAGCACCACUCCUUCGACGAGCUGCACGUCAUCGAGAUCGAUGCAACGCAGCAUCCCGAUACCAUAUUCGAGGAUGUGAUCGAGACCACGCAAACGCUCGGGUACUCGGUAUUUUACAAGGCCGUCAAAACCAAGCGCCUGCUGCCUCCCGAGGGCGGCUUCAACAAAACCAUGACCGAGGCUGACAUCAUCGCAUAUCUGUCGACCUGCGAGCUCGAGCCAGACGAACCUCCGCGAGACAUGGGUGUCUGGGGACGCUACUGCCCUGUUGAAUUUUGCACCAAUUCCGCGCUUUCAUACUGCGAUUUCAGCCGCGUGAUCGACUACCGGGGACGUAUAUUCUGUCUGUCAUCGGACGAGGCCAUCGGGCAGUUCCAACUCAACCCGGACAAAUACAUCACUCGCCCUCCACGUCUGCCCGUCCUCAAAAUCUGCGUGAUCGGCGGCCCCAUGUCGGGCAAGUCGUCGCAGUCCAAGCUGCUGGCGAGACUUUACGAUGCGCAGUACAUUGAUAUCGACCACAUCCUGAAUGGCUGGUAUAGCGACCCCAACCAAGAAGCCCUUAUCGACGCCAACAUUAUAUACCGCCAGAUAUCGAGGCUGCUUCGAAGUGGGAAGCCAAUUCCUCCCGAGCUAUAUGUCGAGAUAUACAAGGCCGCCAUCGAGGGCCGAUAUGAGAACGACAAGCUCUUUCCAAAGCCCUGCGCCGGAGGAUGGGUCCUGGAUGGAUUUCCGAAGACACUGGACCAGCUUGUGUGUUUACUUCAGUCCGGAGUCAAGCCCGAGUUUGUCGCCGUCCUCCAGAAUGGUACAUCCCGGUGCGGCAACUACAUCGCCCACUCCCUCACUGGACUUGCCUGGGAGGCAAGCAGCCACGCCAUCGAGCCGCUGGUGUCCGAUGUGGCGUUUACGCCGCCACUGCCCAUACAAAUGUACCCGUACUUCGACAAUCUCUACAACGGCUUCAAAGAGGACCUGACGGAGAUGCUCAAGGCCAUGGACGAGUCCGGCGUUCGCGUGAUCAGCACCCAGGCAGACUAUGCCUUGCAGACAGCGCUGAGUGUCAUUGUUUCGUCAGCGGACCCGUUUGUGCCCAAAGCAGUCUUUUUAACGCCCAAGAUGCAGGCCGAGCUGUCGCCCGACGUUGAGCUGGGUACCACCAAGUCGUACUGCCCGUAUUCCUUGAAAACAUUCAACAUCCUGCACACUGGCACAAAGUCAUAUGGAGUCAAGUACAUGGGUCAGCUGUAUUGUUUGUCGAGCGAGGAAGCUCGCGCCGCCUUCAUUAUGGAGCCGCACAACUAUGUACUGCGCGACUCCCCCAAAACGCCUCCGAUUCGACUGGCUGUCCUCGGUCCUCCAGCCUCUGGAAAGACAACAUGCUUCCACGAGAUCUUGAAGGAAUGGCCUGGGCUUCCGCAUCUGGUGUUUAAGGAUUAUCUGGACAGCUUUGCGCAGAAACAAGAGAAAGACAUCCGCGAGGAGAUUCAGUACAUGGUCAAGGAAAACGCCGGUCUCCUUUCUCCUCCGAUUCUAUACAAGAUUGGCAAGUCACUCUUCCUGGAUGAGCCCUAUGCCAGCUCUGGGUUUGUCCUCGAAGGAUUUCCCCGGAGCAAGAUGGAGUACGAAAUCAUGGUCAAGCACGGGUUCCAUUUUGAUGCCUAUAUCAACAUGAAACUAGAUCCCAGCGUUGGUGCCAAACGGCUUCUUGCCAUCAAGACCAAGGCUCAAGACGAAAAGCUCCGCUACUUCCGGAGACAACUCGAUGCGGCCGACGAUUCAGGCACGCUGCCACCCGAGGAGGACAGUCUCGAGGAGUUCUCCGAAACGUACGGGUCGCGACUGGGGACAGAGCUUGUUAGUUUGGUCGAAAAGGAAACCUCCAAAGUCGCCGAAGUUGUCUCGGCCGUGGAGACGGUGGCGGUGACCCCUAUUGUCGAGAUCGACGCCAACAAGUGCUCGCGCCCGGUGAUUGCCGAUAUGAGGAUGCAGCUCAAGGGAUACAUGCGCUACCGCUCGAGCAUCUUCUCAAACGCGGUGACGACCGAAAGAAAAAAGGCCGAGGUGCUGUUGCAGAAGGGCGUCAAGUCCUACAGUCGGUUCGGUUACUACUGCCCGGUUGAGCUUGCCAAGCAGCGGUGUACUGCCAAGGCACUCAGGGGCCAUUUUCCUGUGGUGUAUCGCGACCAUGUCUACUACAUGCGGACUGAGACGAAUCGCAAGGAGUUUAUGGAGAACAUCAACAGCUUUGCCUUCAGCAAGCCACCGCCUCCCGUCGUUCGGCCGACCCUCUGCCUUCUCGGUCGACCCAAGGCUGGCAAAUCCGUGAUUGCUGAGAAGAUGGCGGUCGAGCUGGACCUAGUUCAUCUCACCAUUCCACUCAUUCUGCAGUCCAUCUUGGAGGGCAACGAGACGACAAGACUGCACGAAAAGCUCAAGCGAUGUCUGACCUUGGGCGAAGAAACCACAACCGAGCUGGUGACGGAGGCCAUCAUGUUUGUCACAUCGCGGGCCAUCUCCGAUUUCGAUUCGCUGGCUGGUUAUAGGUGGAUUCUCGAUGGCUAUCCCAUCACGAUGGAGCAAGCCAACAGUCUCGAGAAAGCCGGCUUUCUGCCGCACAUCAUGAUCGAGCUGUCCAUUACCGAGCCGACAAUGGACGAACGCUGUUGGGCCGACUAUCUCGUCGACCAGACCUCCGGAACGCCUCGUCUCAACGUCCCAUCUCUGUGUCGGCUGCGGUCCGGUCACUACAACCAGUACAUAUCACAAAUCCGACACUUUUACGAAAGCACGUACGCCAACUGGACAGUCGUCGAUGGCACAAAGUCGAAAUGGGCCAUAACCGAGCGGAUCAAGACCAUCAUGGAAGGAGCCAUCCGCAGACGGCAGGUCUAUCUGGAUCUCAAGUCUCGGAGUAGGUGGGCCCUGACUGUCAAUCGCUCUCCUGCCUGUCUCUCUUGCGCUCAACAGGAGCGGUUCUACAAGAUGGCGGGUCCUGAUGAGCUCGCCAAGUUCCUGGCCAACCCCGAGCGAUACGUGAGCGGCCGAGCAUUGCCUGAGGCGCUUCCGAUCCGCAGGACGGUGCUGGAUUUCAAGGCUCUCUUCCCAAAGCAACUGGAGCUCCAAGGCUAUUGCCCGGUCAUGUUUUCCGAGGGCGAAUUCAGCAUAACGAGUAUCAUUCCUGGUGACCACGAAAACAUUGUCGAGUACGAUCAGAAGCUGUAUGUCAUGAGCACCAAGGACGCGCUCGAAAAGUUCAUGAGAACGCCAUGGAAGUACAUCAACUUGAAACUACCCAAGAAGCUUCCGCCUCGGCACGCCCCAAUUCCGGUGGCGAGACUGCCACUCAUCGGGUUCCUCGAGCAGACAGUCGCCGCAGAGCUAAUCCAGGCACUCUGCGCUGUCGGUCAAGCAAAGCCAAAGCAUCCGUACAAAAAUCUGACCGCAUCGGCAUGCGAAUAUGUGGCUCUUUAUCUGAAAGCACACAACCCCAAAGCCAAGGAGUGGAUCCGCAACAAGUUCCAAAAGAAACUGACCCGCUUCGAGGAUCGAUGCGAGCUCAUACACUCUAUUAUUGACGGCGCCAACACUGCCGCGGCAUGCAUGGCAACGCUGCGUGGCAUCCAGAUUGUCGAAGGCAUGUAUGUGCCGCAAGACCUCCGGGUGCCUGGAUUCGAUCACAAUAUGAGGCGAUUCCUGGAGCUCAGACAGGAGCGAAACCCACGGGUCAACCACGCCAGGAUCAAGUAA